AGAAAGGCGUCAACGUCACAACUUUUUUUUAUUAUUUCUAUUCUUCAAAAUCUACCGUCUCCGUCUCAGUUCACAGUAGAAACACAGCAUUUAUCUUUUUCUUUAAUAAAAAUAAACUUAACUAAACAAAAAAGUUGAUUUAUCUUUUGUGUUAAAUUAAACAAAAUAACAUUUCCAUUUUGUGUUAAUUUAAAAUUGCAGUUAAUUUUCUUGAAUCUUCAAUAUGUCAUCGAAUCAAUGGGAAGUUGUGACCAAGUCAAAGAAACAGCGCAAUCUCGAGAAGAAAGUCGAAGCGCACACCGAAAAGAAACGUCUUGCUUUGGCCGGUCCGAGUUUGGAAGAAAUUCUUCCUCAGCAUCAAUUGAAGAGCAUUUUUAGUAGUAAAAGUUCAAAGGACAAGGAGAAUAAAUCUCCGAAAAAGACGACCAACAACAGCAACAAGUCAUCUCCCGCUAAGAAAUCCAAAAGCAAUAAUAACAAUAAUGAGAGCAAUAAAAAGUCUUCAACACCAGCUGCUCCACCUGCACCGCCAAGACCAAAGAACUUGGAAACUGCAUUGCUCAAGAUAACUCCGGAUGAGUUAAAUGGUCUCAUGGAGCAGUUGAGGACUUCAUUCCCUGGCAAUGAGCUGUAUUGGCUGAGAGAGAUUGCCUCAUUCUUUAACUCGCACCUUCCAUUCGAUUGUGAUCCAACUUUUUCGGGCAAAGCUAUUCUCUAUCCGAGUAAUGUUGUGCCGAAAAAUCUCAAGACUGCAAUUAUUGAUAUUUUCAAAACUAUGGGCGAUGUUAAUUUAUCAUAUUUUUAUGAUACAUUAAUAACACGAAUGACUGAAGAAUUAUCAAAAAAUAAAUCAGUUGUUGGUUAUAAGCUUCUUUUACAAAUUGUUGCUCAAAAUUGGCCAACAGUAUGUUCGAAUAGUUUAGCAAAGACUGCAAUUUUAAGAAAUUCUUAUCAAAAUCGUAGCAACAUUGGACUGAGUAUUUUAUGGGGUGUUGGACAAGGUGGUUUCAGAGAUAUUAAUGUUGGUGUUAAAGUUUGGCAAAAUAUUAUGCUACCUGUGAUUGAAAUGAAAAGCUACUCCCGAUACGUUUCUGACUACAUUGAGAAAGUUUUGUCCUCGGGCACUGGCAAUCAAAAAUUACUAAUGAGCCAAAGUGAUUUCUUUAUUUUGUACAACGCAUUAAAGGCUAAAUAUAGCAUUCCAAGGGAGUGUCAACUGGUGCUAACGAAGAGUUCUCAGUUAUUUUUGAAAAAAUACAUCGAGAGCUCAUCGAAACAUGCAAAUGUCUUCCUAAAUCUAUUCCGUGAUAUUGAAAAUUCCACAAAGAAUCAAGUUGAAAUUGAUGGUUGCAUCGAUUGUCUAACAAUCGGUGAUGAGUGUUUUAAAAUUUGGAAAAUGAAUUACAAGAAGAAUGUGUUGCCGUCGUAUUUGCUUUUACAACAUAUUUACCAACAAUGGGAUGGAUCUGCUGUAAAACUGCGUGAUUCAAAAGCAUUUGAAGAUUUUCUGUUAGUUGCAACCCAACUAAACUUAGAAUUAGAAGCUGCGAAGAAGAGAGACCCACAUUUGGAUGAAUUGCUUUCAUUGUUUGGGAAUGUUCAAGACAAAUCAACACAACAAAAGAAGAAAACUGCUGCGGGGAAAUCUUCAUGCGGUUGCAAAUGGUUCCUUGGUAGUAUUGUAUUAUUAGCAGUUAUCGCUGGCGUACUGCAUUAUGAUACAAGCAUAAAUGGCAAAGGAGUAUUUGCUAAUUCGGCAACAGGAAAAUUGCUUAAGAAAGGUGGAUUAUUGCCACAUGUGGAGAAGGCUUACGUUGUUGUAAUGACAAAUACAGCACGAGGUUAUAAGUGGGCCGAACAGAGGGUGCCGGGGUAUAUGGCACCUGUUGGGCAAUUGGCAUGCGAUAUGUUUAAAUUAGCCCGUAAUACAGCGUGUAGUAUUUGUGGAAUGAUAAAAGACUAUUCUGUGGCCAAAUGGCCGGCCGUAUCAGCAGCUUUGGAAUCAUACAUCCCAGGCCUGCCGAAGAAACUCGAAAAUGCCACAGUUUCAACACGUGUGCUAAUUUCCGACAGUUUAGGAAAAAUAACCGAAUUCUUUAAGUUGAAUGUUUUUGUAGGAACAUUAUCGCCUGAAAAUCUUGGUAAAGUUUUCAAUCAGACACAAGUUGCAGCUAUUAAAUACGCUAACGAGUUCAGUCAACAAAUGGACGCAUGGGCGAAACGAAAAUGAUUCGGAUAGAAAAUUAUCCGAUUUAUUUCUGUCAACAAAAUGAGAGAGUGAAUUAUAUAAAUAAAUUGAAUUUUGAAAAAUUUAAAAUACAAAACAAAAAAUAGAAGAAAAUAAUAAUGAAACAAAUAAUAAAAAAAGUCAACAAAAAACUUUACACACAUCAAAAAGCGAAAUAAAUAAAAACAACAAAUUUUAGGUCUAUUUUUUAAGAAUAAAAAGUAAACAAGAAAUUUAAUAAAAAAGAAAAACAAAUGAAACAAAAACAAAAUCUAAAUGAAUUGCGUGAUUGAUUACAAUGGAAAAAAACAACAAUUUAUCUUAUGUGCAUUUUUGAUUGGUUCUUUUGAUAUAAGUAUGUUUUUUUUUUUUUUGUUUCUGGUUGAUGGGAUCCUACCUUUCGAAAUUAUUAUUUGUUGGAAUAUCACUUUCUUGUUGCAAAUAUGGCCAUUAUACAAUAAAUCAUAUGCAAUAAUACAUAUUUAUACAUUUCAAUCAUUCGUAGAAAACCGAAACUUAAGAAAAAGCAAACUCCUAGAAAAUCAUCUAAAAAAAACUAUUCUAUCUUCUCCCAGGGAAAACCUGUUGUCCAUGAAACGAUACACUUUUGAAACGUAUGACUUUGAAAAACUCGAAAAUUUUGUAGUAAUUGUGUGAAUGUGAAGCUCAAUAAUAUUGAAAAGAUCCAGAUCAAAUAAAUAUAGAAAAAACAAUGAAAGAAAAGAAUAGAUGAAUUCAAAAUUUUGUAUUUUUGAUACACUCGCGAAACUAAGGAACAUCUCGAAUGAUUGGAAUGAAUUGUUACCAAGUUUUUACGUUUUUUGCAUUGCUAAUUUGAAGAAGGUGUCUUAAGUUUUAUUUUCUCAGUCAUUUGUAGCUUUAUAAAAAAAAAAAAACAAUAACCAUAUAAGCUAUUUAAGACUAUAAAAAUAAAAAGAAAAGUAUGAAAACUAUGCGUUCCAAAAUCAGCACAUUUAAUUAUUAUAUAUACAUAUAAACAAAAACAAAGUAUAACAUUUCCAGAACUGAAUCUUUGACAUUAUUACCAAUUAUAAUUACUAUUAUAUUAUGAUGUAACUGUUCACACUUUAUUAAUAAAGUUUAGUAUUUAGAUUAAGUUUAAAACAAAUUUAGUAAUGCCUAGUAAUCAACAUUAUUUUUUUUACGUUUUUAUUUUUUGUGGUUUGUUUUAUGUAGAAAUAUAUAAUUAAACAUUUUAUAAUUUGUUUAAAAGAAAAAAGAUUGUAAUAAAAAGAGACUUUUUGUUCAAAUAUUCAAAAGUGAA